GUCCAUACACGAUAGCAUUUGCAUUCUACUAGAUCAAGGUGAGCUGAUCAGUGGUUUUGUGACUAGUAGAGCUAGAAGGAACUAUGGCUAAUACUGCAGAAACAUUGGAGGCUGAGAUAAGGAUCAAGUUUGAUCCUGAUGAGUACUUCCACACCUUUGCUGGCAAAGCACACCAGCUUCCAAGUCUUUGCUCUGAUAAAGUGCAUGGCAUUGAUGUUCAUGAAGGUGAUUGGAAGACUACAGGCUCUGUCAAGCUAUUGACUUAUGCUAUAGAUGGGAAAGUUGAAACUGUAAAAGAGAGGAUUGGAGUGGAUGAGGAGAACAGGACAAUCACUUACGAAGUAAUUGAAGGGCACAUUUUGGAACAAUACAAGACCUAUAACGCUAAGUUCCAGGUUAUCUCAAAAGGUGACUCAAACUUUGCCAAAUGGGGUAUUGAAUAUGAGAACAUCAGUGAGAAUGGGCGUCCUCCAAUUCAUUACCUCCAAUGGCUAAUUCAUGCUGCAAAAGAUGUGGAUGCUUCACUUCUCAAAGCAGAAAAUAAAUAAUACAUCUAUAAGUUAAUAUAAGAGAAUCUUUAAUGAACCCCAUUGUCUGGGCUUAGUGAAGCCUCCAAAAAUUUGCUCUCCUGUUAGUGCUUGAUUGUAAUUUGUAUAAGUGUUAGCAAUUCUACUCCUGCUAGUGAUUGGUUGUAAUUUGUAUAAGUGUUAGCAAUUCUACUCCUGCUAGUGAUUGGUUGUAAUUUGUAUAAGUGUUAGCAAUUCUACUCCUGCUAGUGAUUGGUUGUAAUUUGUAUAAGUGUUUGUAUAAGUGUUAGCAAUUCUACUCCUGCUAGUGAUUGGUUGUAAUUUGUAUAAGUGUUAGCAAUUCUACUCCUGUUAGUGCUUGGUUGUAAUUUGUAUAAGUGUUAGCAAUUCUACUCCUGCUAGUGAUUGGUUGUAAUUUGUACAAGUGUUUGUAUAAGUGUUAGCAAUUCUACUCCUGCUAGUGAUUGGUUGUAAUUUGUAUAAGUGUUAGCAAUUCUACUGCUGUUAGUGCUUGGUUGUAAUUUGUAUGUGUUAACGAUUCUACGUGUAAUGAUGAAAAACAAAAUGAAUGUUUCGUGUGGCUUUAUAUCUA